UAUGGCGAUCCUUUGGUUCAUCCUCAAAAUGAAGAGUAUUGGGGAAAUGUAAAUCCAAUAGGACCGCGUGGCGUGUAUGACGAAGCUAAGAGAUUCCAAGAAGCAAUCACGAUGGCAUAUCAUACGUUUCAUGGUUUGCAAACUCGUAUUGUACGAAUAUUUAAUACCUACGGACCACGUAUGCGACUGGAUGAUGGUCGUGCAUUACCAGCAUUUAUGAGUCAAGCAUUAAAAGGUGAGGAUAUAACAGUUUUCGGAGAUGGCUCACAAACUCGUUCAUUUUGUUAUGUAGGUGAUUUGGUGGAGGGUAUUUAUCGAUUAUUAUUAAGUGAUUAUCAUAUGCCUGUCAAUAUUGGAAAUCCAAAUGAAAUAUCGUUGAAAGAUUUUGCAGAAGAAAUUCAACUCUUAAUUGGUACAGGGUCUAAAAUAGUCUAUCAUCCUCUUCCGCAAGAUGAUCCUAAACAACGACAACCAGAUAUAACACGAGCUAAAGAAAUUUUAAGUUGGGAACCGAAAGUUGAUCGUAAAGAAGGACUACAAAUAACAUUGGAUUAUUUCAAAAAGCAAUUGGAAGGUGUGAUGAAACAUAGUUGUGGUCUUGAGCAAUUGGAUUGGGAAAUAGACAGUGCAGGCACAGAAUCUUAUCACAUAGGUCAGGCACCACAUGAGCAUUCUCAA